AUGAGAUUCCCUAUCCACGCAUUACGGCGGAAAUCCGUCGUCCCCGCCUCCAUCACUCCCCCCCACCCCGCCCCCGCUUCCCCACCACUCAACCCCGCCCGCGAUACCUCGGCGCCUGCAUACGAUGGCGAAUUACCCAUCUCGACCGCGCGGCCAGCGCAGAACGUGUCACUCAAGAUGAAGGAUAUGGUGCGGGAGGACUGGGCGUCGACCAAGAUCUUUCUGAGGACGAUGGACUGGAAAGUGGUGCUCAGGGCGAUGGUACGGCGGUAUCUCUGGAAGUGGUACGCUAUAGCCGCGGUGGCCAUCACGCUCACGGUCCUCAUCACGACGCAACAUGAUGCGGUGGUCAAGUUCUGUGCGCCAGUGGCACAUACUAUCCGAGGUUGGCCUGGAGGUUGGCUUAUCCCCCUCGCUUUGCUUAUCAUCGUCUCUUAUCCCCCGCUUGUCGGGCACGAAAUCAUCGGGAUCUUGAUCGGUCUGGUCUGGGGCAUGGGCCAGGGCUUUGCCAUCCUCGCCGCUGGAACCUUUAUUGGCGAGAUCCUCCUCUGGUUCAGCUUCAAAUGGUGCUGCACCAACGCGGCGGCUAAGUUUGAGAAGAAGAACAGACUUUACUGGUCCCUCACCCAACUCAUUCGGGAGAAGACUUUCAUGUUUGUCCUCAUCCUUCGAUUCUCAGCCAUCCCCGGACACAUCGUGACGGCCGUCUCUGCCUCCGCGGGCGCCAACUACUGGUCUUACCUCGCUGCGGCGUUCCUUACCCUCCCCAAGCAAUUCACCAUCGUCUACCUCGGCGAGGCGUUCGGGCACAAGGAGCAAAAGCACCAAAUCAUCUCCACCGCGACCCUGCUUUUGACGAUCGUCGUCACGGGUAUCGCGGCCGUUUACGUCUACUACCAAAUGCGGCUGGUAUGGAAGCGGCGCGAGCUGGAGUUGCCGACAACACUGGGCGUGCCGAUGGUGGAGAAUCCGACAUGGGCGGAUGUCGUCGAGGCGGAGAAGCGGGAAGAGGAGAUGAAGGAGAACAAGGAUGGCGUGGAGGGGAUAUACCUCCCUUCUCUGGAUGCCAAGAAGCCAUGGCUCGCCGCCAACGCAGCGAGGGCAUGGUCGGUCCCCCACCAUAUGACCGAGGCGGAAAUGCGGGAGUUCAGGGAGGAGAUGGACGGCUCGCAGCCUAUCCCUUCGGUCAAAGUGGACGAGGUACCCCGCUUCACAUCCUCCUUCGACAUUUCGCGUACGGGCACACCACUACCCCGGCCCCGGUCGAGCCUCCACCUGGAGAUCGCGCCUGAUACCCCUGGCGCGUCCGGGCCUACAUCGCCUAUCAGGGGAGAUCGGAACUCGACACGUCGUCGCUCGGCUGAUCUCGGACGACCAGACUCGGGGGCGGGCGGCAGAGCACAAGCGGACGAGGCGGACGCGUAUGCGUACAAUCGCGGAGGAAGGCGGCCGGACUUUGGGAGGAUGCGAGGCGAGUCAAGAGCGGCAUUGUUGGGUCCGCCCAAGGAUGAGACGUCCAAGUAG